UCCUUCCUAAUUUCAUUUCCUCUUGCUCUAAAAUAAACGGAACAAAACAGAAUGCAUAUUAUCUCCGUUUUAAUUUUAAUGUUGAGAAGUGGGUUUUUUUGCAAAUAUCAAGAAGUUCUACGUGGCGUUGAUGUGUCUUUGCGAUGUGAGGUGUCUUUCCUGUCUGAAUCCUCAACAUUGCAGUGGGAGAGAGAUGGAGAACAAACAUCCAACACCACUUUACUGUACAACAACUCUGCCUACAUCAUCUUACACACCGUUGAUGAACACAAUCAGGGCAAAUAUUACUGUAGAUUGAUGGAAGAUGGAAGAGCUACAACGGUUAGGAUUCACACACUUAAUGUCAGUUCACAUUCAUAUAAUGGAAAUAAUAAAAUUAAUACCAUUUACAGACAAAGCUCUAGUAAUAGUGACGUAUCACUGAUCUGCAAGACUAAAAAGGAAUACAAUAGAUGGAAGUGGACCUGGGAGCAGAGGCCUAAUUCACAGACUGAUCUGAUAGCAGUUGAAAAUGGAAGAGAAGUUCAAGUAAACGGACCGAUUAAACCAGGAAGACUUUCUUCAACCACAUACAAUAGUCGAGUUUUUAUCUUUCACAUCUCACCUGUGAACUUCAAUUCUAGUGGGACAUACAGGUGUAUUACAGAUGAACAAAAACAUCCCUAUACAACCACAAUGCUUCACACCAUCAGAGUCUCAGUGGAGCACCCUGAUGGUUUGUUGAGGAAUCGGUCAUUGAUUCUCACCUGUGAAGUUUCUGAAGUGACUGAUUCACUGAUGCUGGUCUGUCUCAGGAUGGAGAGGAACAGAGGAGUGCUGGGAAAACAGCAAAUUAUGACUGAGAAAAACAACAAGUUACAACUCACAGUGAAUCUGUCCAGCUAUGAAACAGAUCCUCUGCACUGGCAGUGUGCAGUUUUUACUGAGGAUACACUCAGAGCUCUGGCUCCUAUAACAAUCAGUCUUUCCUCAUCUACUACUAAUGCUCCAAACCAAAAAGAUAUCAUGACACAGGAAAGUCAUCUACAGAUCGUGAUCAUCGUGGUGUGUGCUGGCACUGGCACUGUGCUGAUUCUGCUGCUGGGACUUCUAGUUUUUAAACGUCAGCGAAAAACAGAUGAAGUUCAUGUCACUGGAUUAAAAUCACAAGAAGAUGAGGACAUCCAUUAUGCUUCAGUGACGUUAGCAGGAUCUAGUCAGGGAGAUGACAGCUGGUUUAAAACCGAUCAUGCAAGUUCAGAGGUGUUGGAGAUGAAUUCUACAGUAAUCUACUCAACUGUUAAAGCACAGUGAGCACUCGCGCUUGACAUGAAUGUAUAUAGAACUUUUUUCCAUUCAUGUAUAAUUAAAUUGAAAUGAAAACACCAUAUAAUCCUGUAUUAAUAAUAGAUUUCUAGUCAUUCAUUAUUU